AUGCAUUUCUCUCUGCAGAUAAAUUCAGUUGCGAACUGCAUGCCCCACCUGAUGUGCUACAACAAUGGAAAGAGAGAAUUCAGAGUUCAGGCGGCGGGCCCAGAGACCGUCCCCGGCAGACCCAGAGUUCAGGUGGCCGGCCAGGAGGCCGUCCCGGGAAGAUCCGGCAAUCAGCGGGCCAGCGACAUAGGGGCAGGCGAUCAGCAUGCCGGCAACGUAGGAGCUGAGCAGACCGAUGACGUAGGAGCCGAUGAUCUGAAGGCCGGCGUCAGGACCAGGAGAACCCACGGUGGAGCUCAGAGGCACAGAGACCGCUGGGACCUUCGGCGAGGCCAUGGAGAUCUGCGGCAGAGCUGCCAAGACACAGCAAGCGGAGAGGGUGCAUCCUUGCACCCUUCAGGGACAGGAACAGGAAGUGGAGACAGGUCCUCCACUACCUCCUCCGGAACGGGAACCAGGGAUGUGGGAAGUUCGUCCUCGGAGCCCUCCAGGACAGGACCGGGAACACGAGCAGGAAGUGGAAGCAGUCCAUUCACGAGGCCCUCACGGACAGGAACACAGUGUGAGGGCGGUUCGGCUUGGGACCCCCCCAGAACAGAACUAGGAACAGGAUCAGGGGGUGUGGAGGCGGUUCAUCCAAGAACCCCUCCGGAAUUGGACCAGGAACAGGAUCAGGAGUCGGAAGCAGUGGCGAUUGCUGAUCAGGAGCUAAACUAUGAGCUGGAAAGCCGCCUCCAGCUUCAGUGGAGAGGCGAGCGGAGGAGGGGGCAGGAGGCCUCCUCAUUGAAGCGGCGAUUUCUCCCAGGGCCCUUUGUCGCUCGACCUCAAUGGUGUGGUGAAUCCGAGGAUCAGGGAAAAAAUCCCUCCUCGCCUCGAGCCAGUCUUGAAGGCUGCCAGCUAUUUUCAGCCUUCUCCAUGGUGAGCUGAGAGAGGUAGCAAGGUGGGAAAACAAUUUGACCAGAAUCUCACCGCUUUUGAAUUUCCUCUCCAUUCCUCUCGCUUGUUCCCGUUGGCUGGUUCCUUCUGUCAUAGUUUGGUUCCUUGUUGGACCAAAUGCGGGGAAGAACUCCUGAAGCUCGAGGUUUUCGGGUAAGUUGAGUCUUUAUUAUCCAUGGCAGGACACAGACAGGGUGGCAAACACACGAGAUCAGACAUAAACUCACAUAAGGAACCACCGGGGAACAAAUGAAACGGGCUUAAAUACAAAAACUGAACAGCAGGGGGAACCAAUGACAAACGUGACAAGACAAUCAGGGGAAAACACAGAACAGGUGCGGGUUUGGGGUGCAGGGAGACAGAAAACAAAGGAGACUAGACCAGAAAUAAGUGUGAGGGGAUGCCCAUUGGAGCCCAACGCAGCCCCUGUAUCCCUCAACCAGCUCAACACACUGCCAGGAACCAUAGGCUACCAGACGGGGGCCCACUACUUCGGCAUGUGGCUCAAGCACCCACACAGACAACACCCCACCAAGGCAGACAGCCCCCUGCCGGACCCCCCAUGGCGCCAUCCUCGCCGACACGAGGCACCCGGACCCCAGGCAGAGGCAGCCACAACACCAGGAGCUACAGCAGGUCCCAAGCCACCCAAGGAACCAGACCCAGAUCCACCCACACCAGCCAGGAGCAGAAGCAGGCCAGAUAAGAGGGCACAAUGGCCCAUGGCCCAACCUCAGUGCUCGUAGCUGCAGCACCCCUACCCUGCCGACAACACCUCCAUGCUAAACCCACUGCAACCCCAGGGCAACACCCAGUCCACCUAGGAACAGCACCAGCAUCCUCAUAAUACCUGGCCCCCAAUGCCGAGGUGACAAUGUUAAUACCCCCUACACCACUAGGUGACGUAUUCAAUUAUUGGAGACCAAAUCAUUUUGAAGUUAUUCUGUUGGUUUUUCUUACAAGAAGGCAUUCUCUCCAUAGAAACAAAUUCAAAUAACAUAUUUUUACAAUAAAUUGUAUAUAAACUCUUUUUAA